AUGAAUGACUCGAAUCCUUUGAUUCAAUCUACAACCAGCACCUCGCCUUCAACGAUUAUCAGGAGAUACGAGAACGGAGAUCCUCUUGAGAGUUUGGCUCGUGUAUGGUCGUGUUCUAGAUGCGGCUGCCUCCUCGGCCUCAUUCACCUCCUUCUAGGAGUGAUCGUCACUUUAUUCGAUCUGCUCACUAACCCCCUUACGAACACUUCUUAUGGGAUCACUGCUGCCAUUCUCUACAUAAUUUGUGGAAUUUUAUGCUUCAUUGCUACAAGGCGAGUUGAUCGGUGCACUCAACUACUGCUGAUGGGUUUUGCCUCGGCAGCACUGGUUAUUUCAACAGCAAUAUUCAUCGAAAGUGCUGCAGAACUGAAUAGUAUCUGCUACAAGGAAGUUUGUGAUGAGCAGCAACUUGUCGUACAUUCAAUACUGGUCUUCAUCAGUCUUAGCGAA